AGGAGGGAAGGAUGACACCUCAUCCCUGAGAGCCCCCAACCUCGACUGGACGAAGCCUAGGUUUUUCCAACCCUAGCACUCUACAUGUCGACCGCCGUUGAUACUCACAUGGCGCAGCCCACAUCCUCCGUUCAACAACCAAUCGCCAGCACGGGAUCUCCAGCAGCGGCACAAUUUCAGGCACCCAACCGGACGGAGCAGCCUUCAAAUUCUGGCGUGAUUCUCUCCCCGCAAAUUGCUGCCUCGCGGCUCACCUUGCCACCGCCGCCAUCAUUGGGAUCCUAUAGUCUUUUUAACAUGCCGGAGCCCUUUUCACGGACACCUACAACCCUACAUCUGGCGGUUCCCCAGCCCACUGCAGCGGUGUCUCCAGCACCACUCGCCCCCAUUUCAAUGCCCUAUGCUGGUCCGACGUUCUCCGGACAGCCCGGCCUCUCACCGUUUGAGGUUCCUUCACAAUCACGACAGUCGGGGUCUACGGUAACCUUAUCUACCAAUGUUACAAAUAUUGCUACCACCCGAUUGGAUAAGGUUGAAGAUUAUUUACCGUGGCGUACACAGUUUGAAUCUUUUUUAGUCUCUCAUGGUUUAUUGGGUAUCGUUGAUGGCUCUAUUCCUGCACUGCCACAAUUAAUUUUUGAUAAUUUUACUAGAGAGGUUCCCAAUCCUGAGUAUCACUCUUGGCUUAGAAUCGAUCAAAUUGUACGUUCAUGGAUAUUUGCUACCCUUUCCCGGAAUAUUUUAGUUGAGGUGCGUACUAUUCAUUUUUCUGCCUUGAUUUGGCAACGUUUGGAGACUAGAUUUAUGGCGGCUUGUGUGGCUCCUUCUAUCGAAUUAAAGAGGCUGUUAACUUCUUUAAAGAAAAAGGAGGACCAAUCCAUGGAGGAUAAUAGUAUUUAUGGGCAAGUUUACAUAGUAUAAAUGCUUUAUCGUCUUGUGUUAAUCACCCUCACUUUGCAGGAUUCCCAUCUGUUGAGCAAAAUUAUCAGUCUCCCCCACCGCUGGUAGUUUGUCAGCUUUGUUUCCCCCCAGGUCAUUCUGCCAUGUCAUGUUCACGGUUCAUGAGUUCUUCCACGUCGGCUCUGGCGGCUAUUCCUACGGGUGAAGCAAAUGCUGCUGUUUGGUACCCCGAUUCUGGGGCAUCUGCUCAUAUGACCCCGCAUGAAGACAAUCACACGGGAGCCAUACUCCUUCAGGCAAACCAAUAAAGACUCCGUUUAUCCCUUUCCAGCAACCUACCAGCCACCUGCGUCCCUUGCUUUAAAGACUACUCUUGUUUCGGGCCCAGUUUGGCACAACCGUCUUGGUCAUUGUGGGGAUCACAUUUUAUUGUCUCUUACGAAAAAUAAAUUUAUUUCUAGUACUAGUACUUUUUCACACGAUUGUGUUUCUUGUAAACUGGGCAAGUCCCACCGAAUUCCUUUUCAAGAUGUUAUUCAUAAUUUUAUUGCAUCAUUACAACUUAUUCAUUCUUAUGUCUGGCAGUCGCCAAUAUUAUCUAAUUUAGAAUUUAAAUAUUAUGUCUCGUUUAUUGAUGACUUUUCUAGGUUCACUUGGGUGUAUCCGAUGCAUAAGAAAUCUGAGGUGUUUACUCAUUUUUGUAAUUUUCAAAAUCUUGUUGAAAAUUUAUUUGACUGCAAAAUUAAAUGUUUUCAGAGUGAUGGUGGCGGUGAAUUUGUGAAUUCCUCUUUUCAAAAUCAUUUUUUAAAAUGUGGUAUUCUUUUUCGUAAAUCUUGUCCGGAUACACCCGCGCAAAAUGGUGUGGCUGAACGAAAGCAUAGACACCUACUUGAAUUGGCUCGCACCCUGCUUCAAGAGGCAAAACUUCCUCCCACUUUUUGGGUGGAUGCCCUAUACACGGCUACAUACAUAAUUAACCGUUUGCCCACAUCCAUUUUGCGUGGUUUGUCUUCGUUUGAGAUUCUUUUUCAAAAAUCCCCUGACUAUAAUUUCUUUCGUGUGUUUGGGUGUGCGUGUUUUCCUAAUUUUGUUGCUAGUUCUUCCAACAAACUUUCCCCACGAUCCAUUAUGUGUGUGUUUCUUGGAUAUGCCCCGGGAUAUAAAGGAUACGGUUGCCUUAAUCCCCGAACAGGUCGUGUCUACAUAAUUCGGGAUGUUGUUUUUCAUGAGACCUCUUUUCCAUAUUCAGAUCUAUGUACCUCAACCUCCUCUUCCCUACCUGCAGCCUUACCUCCGUGGACUUUACCUACCGCUCCUUUAUUUCCUCCAACAUCUACCACCCUCCCAGCGCCACCAUCCAACAUGCCAGAAACCAAGUCCUCUACCCUGCCAACAUUUCCCCAUGCUGCCACUUCGGCACCUCCCUCCCCCUAUGGCACCUCACCACAGAUCACCCCAUCCGACACCCCACUACUCUCCAGCCCUUCUUCGGCCUCAACAUCCCCAGCCCAGUCUCCAUUCCCUGAUCUUGACCCCUCCCCACAGCAGCCUAUACCUACGACGUCUCCCCCCCCAUGCAAACCCUAUGGCUCCUAAUGUUCAUCCUAUGAGCACGAGAGCUAAAGAUGGUAUUUUUAAAUCCAAAUCUAUUUUUACUUUUAAACACUUUAGCUCUCCCUAAUGAUCCCACUUGUUUUUCUCAAGCAAAUAAAAAUUUAAUUUGGCAGGCAGCCAUGACCGAUGAAUUUAAUGCUCUCAUUACUAACCAUACCUGGGAUUUAGUACCUUGUGACAGAAAGAAAAAUAUGGUUGGUUGUAAAUGGAUAUACAAAAGUAAAUAUCUUUCUGAUGGAUC